AUGGCGCUGCACCCGUUUUCUACGGCCUCGUCGCCGCUGAAAUCUUCCUCCUUCCUUGCCGUCGCUGCUGCAGCAAUCAUCCUCACAUCUCUCCCCAUGGCUCUCGGUCACGAACACGGCAUCAGCCACAUCCAGGACGGCGAGACCACCUCGCAGGAACCCAUCGACGCUAUACUAUGGAUACAUAUCUUCAUCAUGAUGUUGGCCUUCGGGGUCAUCUUCCCCGUCGGCAUGGUGCUGGGAAUGACCAAGAGCCGCUGGCACGUUCCGACUCAAGUCCUCGGCUCCGCCCUCGCCAUUCUCGGCUACUUCCUCGGUCACAUGCACGGUGGCCGACAAUUCCUCCCCCAUAACGUCCACGCCUCUUUUGCCACCUGGCUCAUGAUCAUAAUGGCCGCCCAGGUCGGCCUGGGCAUCUACCUGAAGCUGCACCUCGAAAAGGGCAUCAACGGUCGCAUCCGCAAAUUCAUCAAGCCCGCCCACGGCAUCCUGGGCAAGGCCUCCCCCGUUCUGGCUUGGACCCAGUUCCUGUUUGGCGGCAUCACCUCUCUGGGUUUCUGCCAAGGCGACCAUCUCGGCCAGUGCCUGGCCCAUUUCAUCAUGGGCAGCGCCUUCAUCGCCUACGGCAUCAUCUUGACGCUUCUGCUCCUGGUCGGACAGCUCUGGAUCCGCCGCAGCGGUCGGUCGCAGGAGUUCUUCGACAGUAUCGUUAUUGCAGCCUGGGGCUGCGUCAACACCUUCACGGAGCACCGAUGGGGCACGGCAUGGGUCAGGAACGACUGGCAGCACACCACCAUGGGCAUCAUCUGGUGGUGUGCCGGUCUGGUUGGUAUCUGGCUCAGCCGCGACCGUGACGGGAACCCCAAGCGAAACUUCAUCCCCGGCUUCGUCAUCGGCGCCACUGGCUGGGCCAUGUCCGCCCAUCCUCAGGACCUGCCCAUCAGUGCCAUGACCCACAACAUGUUUGGGAAGACGCUGAUGGGAGUCGGCAUCACUCGAAUUAUCGAGGUGUCUUUUGUUGUCAGGGACGCCCCGGGAGUCUCGGCCGAUGGACGCCAGACAAACAGCUGGCAGUUCAUUCCUGUUUUUCUUUUGUACGCCUCCGGUUUCCUCUUCAUGGGUGCCACCGAGGAGCAGAUGGCUCUCGUGGCCAACUCGGGUCUCGACCACGUUUCCUACAUCCUCAUACUGUACUCGUUUGCGUUCCUGCUCUUCCUCUUCACCAUGAUGCUCGUACACCUAUUUGACCGCAACUCCAACACGGACGGCAAAGUGGUCCUGGUCAACGGCAUCCCGGUAGCCAACGGCCGUCCUGGCGAGAACCGCCAAGUGCGUGAUGCCGAGGAGUUUGAACUCGAAGGACUCAUGAGCGACGACGAGGACGACGCGCGCAAGGGCCUCACUGAGGAAACAGACGACGAGCCAGGUCUGGGAAGUCCGAGCAGUCCCAGCACCAUCGGCAAGAACAGCGACCGAGUAGCGCGGUGA